CCAAACCAAGAAAAGUCACAAUGGCCGCUCGUUUUGCUCGGGGUUCAUUCGCUGUCCCAUUUAGAGCCCGCUUCUCUUCUUCCCACUCUCGCCAGAACAUCAACUUUGUCCUUCGAGCAAGAUUCAUGUCGUCAGAGUCGGCAGCAGCUGCACCUCAAUACGAGAAUAUCCUCGUCUCUCGGCCGGAACCAAACGUCCUGCUCGUAACCCUCAACAGGCCAAAGGCUCUUAAUGCGCUGAACAGUGCCCUGUUCAAGGAACUCAACAAGGCUUUGCUCGAAGCUGACCGAGAUGAUUCUAUUGCUGCUAUGGUUUUGACUGGCUCCGAGAGGGCCUUUGCCGCUGGAGCUGAUAUCAAGGAGAUGAAGGACAAGACUUUCUCCGAGGUCUACAAGGGUAACUUUUUGGAGAACUGGACUGAGAUCAACAACUUGAGGAAGCCCCUUAUCGCUGCUGUCAGCGGAUUCGCGCUCGGUGGUGGAUGUGAACUCGCAUUGAUGUGCGACAUUAUUCUCGCGUCCCCCACUGCCAAGUUCGGUCAACCAGAGAUUAAUUUGGGCGUUAUCCCAGGUGGAGGAGGUUCUCAACGACUUGCUCACAUUGUGGGUAAAUCCAAAGCGAUGGAAUUGGUCCUCACGGGCCGUACCAUCACUGCUGAGGAAGCUGAGCGAUGGGGUAUGGUGAGCCGCGUCGUCGGAGAAGGCGAAGGUCAAGUGGUGAAAGAAGCUCUCGCCAUGGCAAAGGAAAUUGCCAGCAAGAGUCAGAUCGCGGUACAAGCUGGAAAGGAAGUUGUCAACGCAGCCUAUGAAAUGACCCUCCGAGAAGGCCUGAGAUUCGAGAGGAGAAUCUUCCACGGUUUGUUUGCCACCAAUGACCAGAAAGAAGGGAUGGCCGCAUUUGCUGAGAAGAGGAAAGCCAAUUUCACUCAUACCUGAGCAAGCGACGCGUUGUUAAAGCCGAACCACUCAUGAUAAUGUCUCUCGAGAUCUUCUAUGUAGUGAGGAGGCGUGGAUUACGAGGAUAUGGCGGGAUUACUCUGUCAGCUUGUCAGCCCAAAUUCCACGUUCAAUAAAUCGAAUUAUACGCACUUUUUGUCC